AUGGGCCCCAAAUGCCCCAUACGUGACGUGGAUAUUAUGGGCCCCUCGUGUCCCACUCAGGUGUUCCAAGACCACCUAUGCUACUUCUCUCUGAACGGCGACUCCGGGGUCAUUGAGUCCCCCUCGUACCCCGCCCCCUACGCCGUGUCCCGCGACUGCUGCUACGAUAUACGCNUUUUUAACUGCAUUUUUACUGCAGUGGAAGCACUGGACGUGGGGCUGGUCGCCCCCGGUGGAGGCUGUGCCACAGACUUCCUCAGCCUGCCGUCCUGCGCGCCGGAAACUGGGACAAGAAUCUGCGGUAACAACACAGGACAAGUUUACGAGUAUCUUUACCAACCAAAUGCACAGAGCAUUAGGUUCUUGUUCCACACAGACGACAUACGAGCGGGCCACACAGGCUUCCGUAUUAGGUACACACAGCUGCGCUCGUGUCCGGGUCCCUACCAGACCCAGAGUCCCCCAAUCUCCCCCAUCCCAGGGACGGGCCGGUCCCCAUGCUACACCCGUAUUAAUGACCUCUCUGGGUCCAUCAAUACCCCAUACUUCCCCAAGUUCUACCCCAACAACCUGGACUGCGUCUACGAGUUUGUCAGAGCGAGUCCUGCGUUCUGCGGCCUGCGCAUGCAGCGCGUUCAGUUCGAGCUCUCGCCGCCCCUGCAGACAGUCUUCGGUGGAGCCUGCACAGACUUCCUGCACCUGCCAUCCUGCGGAUUCCUGUGCGGCGAUAUCGACUUUGCCUGGAUUGUUGAAUUUCAACCUGGAGCGACCAGCCUCAAGUUUCAUUUCCACUCCGACGAAGAAGCGAGAUUCAACGGCUUCAGGAUUACCUUCGAGCAAGUCACGCAGUGCUGAUACUGUUAAUUACCUUCGAGCAAGUCACGCAGUGCUGAUACUGUUAAUUACCUUACUUGUAAAUCAGACGAAUGGCUGUCUCAGAAACAGUAAUAGUAUUGAACUAGUAUGACUUGAAUGAAUGAGCGGCAUCUCUGAGUUAUUCACUAUUAAAUAAAUGUAUGCGCUAGUGACAAUGUUUUGUAGCAUAAAGAAUAACUAUGUUGAUUUAGUAACAUCAUUGUAGUUUUGUAGUGUGAAGUCGUACAUCCGAACCUAAAAGACACAUCGCGUGGCUGCGAGAGCCGCCCAAUAAGCAAGGUCAUUUUACGCUAAUGAGAUUCACAUCAAAUAACGAUAACUUAUCAAUAAAUUCUUAAAUUACACUGAUAUUAAGGCAGUGGAUGCCAUCAAGAUAAUGUGCAUAUCUCAGUUAAGAAAGACUUAAUACUCACAGUUUUAAGUAAACAUUAAAACAAAGAUAUUCAGCUUUCAAGUUUUCAAGUGCGUUAAGAAGGCUGGACUAAAGGUAAUUGUAAUCAAUUACGAAGUUGAUGUUAGGCUUCGCUUUUUUUCAAGUAAACCUUUACCUACAUUGUAUUUUGCUCAAAAUCAUUAGUAAUCUUUGACUUAUCUUAAAUUGAAUGAGUGUUUAAGUUGAGAAAAAUGGAAUGUCUUGAAACGCUUAUGAAGGAAAUAAAACGUUAAUAAAUAUUAUCGUCGAAACUCGUGAAACGAAAUCGUGCCAAACUAAAGAUAAAAAUUUAUCUAAACUGUAGAUUUAAGUUUAGAUAAAUGAAAAAAUCUCAGAAAUCACGCACGUGAUUUCUGGGUGUAUUGCUUUUUUUUAAUAUUUCAAAUAUAUGUAAAGUAAGCAAUUGUAGAACGUCAGUUACAGCUUACGGCGUACACGGAGCUCAAGAUAAUGGACAAAUCAGAAAAAUGGAUGGAUCAAAUUGUUCAAAUCGUGACACAAUUUAGCCCCGUAGCACUGAUACGCCCCAUCGCCGUGCCAUACUGGGCCAGAAUGCCCAACACAUGGGCAACACGUGCAUCGCCUUACGGACAAAGGCCCACUCAUUUGUAUGAGUAUCACACGAAGUAACGUCGAUGUCGUCGACAAAUACGUCGUGAUCUAAUAAUGUCUAAUAAUAAUGUGAUAACAGGGGUUAUCAAACUGGGGUAAAUUACCUUAGAAGUAAUGUUCGAAUUUCCCAGAGGGUAAUGGAGGGUCGACAUCGAAAUUCAACACUGGUAACAUUUGUGAAAAGGCAACAUUCAUAUUGUGCUGUUGCAAAUAGGGUAAGAAGAAGAAAAUUUUUUGAAAUCAGUGCCUUAACUAAUGUAGUUAAAGUACUUAUUUAAAACAUUCUUUCAUGCCGGUCAGUGGCGAUGCAACUGCCGGGAAGUGACGUCAUUCCAUGUAAUGUUAUUCAUAAUAAAGUAGCAGCGCUAU